CGAUCGGCAAAGGAAACAACACAAAGGAUUCUUAAAUUAAUACUCCUCUCUUACUACCUAUAUCAUACUUGUAUUUAUUCAACCACACCACUCCAAAUGGCCUAACACUUCAUUAACAAACCAAAAGUUUGCACCAAACUUUGGCUUCAAACAAAUGAAGCCACCACCAUCUUCUUCUUCUUUCUCCUCUUCCUCUUCCUCUUCCUCCUCGAUUCUCCGUAAGGGCCGACUCUCCCCUUACCUCGUCGCCUUAUUGGCCUUCAUCUUCUUCGUCACCAUACUCUACGGUGAAGAUUUUAGUUGCAUUUUUGGGGACCAAUUCGAGCCUCAUCAUCCAUCCCACCUACGCCAGAGCUCCUUAUCGACAACCAAGAAGAAAGGAGAAAAGUUGGCUUUCGCCAUUGGAGAGGGGGAGAAAGGUUGCGAUAUAUUUAAGGGGAGGUGGGUGUGGGAUGAGGGGCGGCCGUUGUACGAGGAGUGGGAGUGCCCCUACAUUCAGCCGCAGCUGACAUGCCAAGAGCACGGCCGGCCGGACAAGGAUUAUCAGCAUUGGAGAUGGCAGCCUCAUGGUUGUUCUCUUCCAAGUUUCAAUGCAACACUAAUGCUCGAAAGCCUUCGAGACAAGAGAAUGAUGUUUGUUGGAGAUUCUCUCAAUCGCGGACAGUACGUUUCGCUGGUCUGUCUUCUCCACAAGAUGAUCCCUGAGAACGCCAAAUCCAUGGAAACAUUCGGUUCAUUAACUGUCUUUACAGCCAAGGACUACAACGCGACGAUUGAGUUCUACUGGGCACCGUUUCUCCUGGAAUCCAAUUCUGACGAUGCAGUCGUGCACAGGAUAAGCGAUAGAAUCGUGCGAAAAGGGUCGAUCAACAAGCACGGAAAGCAUUGGAAAGGAGUGGAUAUAAUGGUAUUCAACACUUACUUGUGGUGGAUGACAGGCCUGGAAUUCAAGAUACUGCAAGGAUCUUUUGAUGAUGAAGAGAAAGAGAUUGUCCAGUUGCCGACAGAGGAUGCUUAUCGUAUGGCAAUGAAAAGCAUGUUGAGAUGGGUUAAGAAAAAUAUGGAUCCCAAGAAAACAAGAGUGUUUUUCACCAGCAUGUCCCCUUCACAUGGAAAGAGCAUCGACUGGGGAGGUGAACCGGGAGGCAACUGCUACAAUGAAACAACAUUGAUAGAAGAUCCGACAUACUGGGGAUCAGACUGUCGGAAAGGCGUGAUGCGCGUUAUUGGAGAGGUGUUCAGCAAAUCGAACGUUCCCAUUACGUUUCUAAACAUUACGCAGCUCUCAAGUUACCGAAAGGAUGCACAUACAUCGAUUUACAAGAAGCAGUGGAGCCCUUUAACCCCUGAGCAGCUUGCAAAUCCUGUGAGCUACGCCGACUGCGUUCACUGGUGCUUACCUGGCCUUCAAGAUACUUGGAAUGAGCUUCUUUUCGCAAAGCUGUUCUAUCCCUGAGUGUCGGAAAAAAUUGGAUGAGUUCAGGGACUUGGAUAGCUGAACAAAGGAAUACUGUAUAUUGAUGUACUGAUUGAUUUUGCAAUGAAGAGGCAUUAUAUUGAUUUUUUCACUUCAGUUUUGCUCUGAAAUGAUGCUCAUAGUCUAGAAUGGUAUUUCAAUUCUUGGCUGUUUUGUCUUCCACUACAAACAUC